AUGGUAAUGUCCACUUCAAAAAGGCCAUAUUCUAAUUGUCUUUCCUUAUCCGGAAAUAGUGAUACCUGUAGUGAUCAUCCAAAUAAUUGUCAAUAUUCCACUAAUAAUAAUAUUCCACGAUUUAUAAAGCAUUCUUCAUCACCUGGUAUUUCUAAUUCCUUUAAAAUAUCAAAGAGACGCACUUUAUCUUCAACUUCAUCUUUGUCUCCUUCCUCUCUUUUAUCUUCGACAUCUUUACUAUAUUUAAACAGGUGUGCUGAUGAUGGGAAGUUAAAUACACACAAGGCUAAUGACAGUGACUUUGAUGAUACUGUUAACUACAAUAGUGAUGAUUUUGAUAUUGCUUCUGCUUAUAAAAAUAAUAAUUACUUUCAUUUCAAUUCAGGUAAAAGAAAUUUAAUCAUGAAUAGACCUAGUUCCUUUUCAUACCCUUGUAAUAAUAGUAAAAAUAGCAUUUGUAAUAACCAUGAUCAUGGAAACAGCCAAUCAAUAAAUUCUCUUAUUGUGAAUAAUGAUGAUUUGGAAUCAUAUGUCAAUGAUAUCAGCAACAUCAAUAUGAGCAAGAAAAAUCAUCUACCAAAGGCGGAUCUUAUUGCAAGAGAAAGAUGUUUUGAUUAUAUUGUUCAAGCCAUAGAUGAAGUUUGGGCACGCUAUUGUGACACUACAUCAUCUGCUGAAGUUGAUAUGUAUGAUAGUUGGAAUAUAGUAAAAAAACAGACACAUCCUGUUGUAUCAAAUACUAGAAUUACAAACAAACAAACAAGAAUUUACUGUAAUAAAUCCAUACAGUAUUCCGAUGAUGAACAAGAAGAUGAUCAGAUUUUUGAUCACAAGAUGAAUAUAGCAGAUGGGCAACAAGGACAAUAUAAAUCUAAUGCUAGUAUAAGGAAUGAGGAGGAUGAGGAUGGGUAUAAAACAGAAGUCACUGAAUAUGAGACAGAUUCAGGUUCUGAAUAUCGUACUGUGUCUAAAUUACCAGAUUCAGUUAGAUUAGAAUCAUUGAAGUUAAGAUUGAGUAAAGCCAAAAAUGAUUUGGAACAGGUAUAUGAUUCGAUGCAACUUGAUGACUCAAUAGUGUUUUGGAAACGUUGGGAUAUGAUAAAAUAUAGUGCAAUUGAGGUCAUGGAAGAUGAUGAUGAUGAUGAGGUGGUUGAAGAGGCUAUCAAAGAACUAGAGGAUGGUAGGUAUUUUCAUGAAUAG